GUUUCAGGUCAUAUACUAGAUUUAUGCAUGCCUUGUUCACUUGAAACUAUGGGUCAUUCUUGGAAUUUUCUUAAGGUGCUGUUUGGAUGGGUAGUUUGUAUCUUAAGCCUGAGCCUCCUCUCUUGGUGCUGUGGGUCUAUAGGGAUUGUGCAUAUAGAUGGGAAGAGAGCCAUUGGAGCAACAGAUAGUGACUUCAUCUGUGCUACCUUGGAUUGGUGGCCACCUGAGAAAUGUGACUAUGGAACCUGUUCUUGGGGUCAUGCUUCUCUUCUACAUUUGGAUCUUAACAAUACUAUUCUCUUAAAUGCAGUAAAAGCCUUCUCGCCGUUAAAGAUUCGUUUGGGUGGGACUUUGCAAGAUAAACUCAUCUACCAAACAGAAGAAGAUGGUCAAAAGGGAAGCUGCAUUCCAUUUGUGAAAAACAUAUCAGCAUUGUAUGGUUUCAACAGAGGGUGUCUUUCACUGUCUCGAUGGGAUGAAAUGAAUGUCUUCUUCAAUAAAUCUGGAGCGGUUAUCAUUUUCGGUUUAAAUGCCCUCCUAGGAAGAUCAUUCCGGCCCGACGGUUUAGCAAUCGGGCCAUGGAAUUCAACCAAUGCAGAAUCUCUAAUACGUUAUACUGUUGAUAAAGGCUACACCAUCCAUGGUUGGGAGCUCGGGAAUGAAUUGAGUGGCGUAGGAGAUGGGGUAAGAGUUACAGCAUAUCAGUAUGUUUAUGACACAAUUCGUCUUAAGACGACGUUGGAAGAUGUUUACAUGAAUGCUAGCAGUAAGCCACUGGUUGUAGCUCCUGGAGGAUUUUUUGAAGCAAAAUGGUAUAAAAAGUUUAUAGAGGGAGCUGAAAACUCUCUUGAUGUGAUCACUCAUCACAUUUAUAGUCUUGGUCCAGCAAAGGAUGAGCAUCUCAUUCAGAAAAUCCUCAAUUCGUCCUACCUGGAUCUAGGAGCAAAGACAUUUAAUCAGAUGCAACACAUCCUCAAGAGCUCUGGCACUUCUGUAAAUGCUUGGGUUGGAGAGGCUGGCGGUGCCUAUAACAGCGGCCGAAACCAUGUCACCAAUGCCUUCGUUUUUAGUUUCUGGUAUCUUGAUCAGCUAGGGAUGUCUGCAUCCUAUGGUACAAAGACAUACUGCAGGCAAACACUAAUUGGUGGAAACUAUGGUUUACUCAAUACUACCACCUUUGUACCAAAUCCAGAUUACUACAGUGCUCUUCUUUGGCAUAGAUUAAUGGGAAGCAAUGUGUUGAAAACAAGAUUUUCAGGGACAAAGAAAUUACGCGUUUACGCUCAUUGUGCAAAGAAAUCUACUGGCAUUACCAUAUUGUUGAUCAACCUGGAUGGCAAUAGUAGUGCAGUGGUGGAUAUUGCAUACAACAAAUUCUCUAAAAUCGGUGGAACCGCGAGAGAAGAGUAUCAUUUGACAGCAAAAGACGGAGAUUUGCAAAGCCAAACAGUCCUUCUAAAUGGGGAGGAGUUGAUUGUAGAUUCAUCUGGGGAGAUACCUUUGUUGGAACCACGGGUUGUGAACCUGGAAGAACCCAUAAACGUUGACCCAUUUUCCAUUGUCUUUGCUCAUGUACCUUAUGUGUUUCUGCCUGCUUGCAUGUAAUAUUGUUAAGUAAAUAGGAGAUAUUUUUAGCCCAUAAAGGGUCACCAUUUUGGUCAUGCAUUGUAACGACUCUGAGAUAGGAAAGAAUAAUAAAUAAGGUAUUUUUGUUGUGAUGAUAGAGCACUACACUUCCGUUUGCG